CUGGAGGAGGGCUCGCAGCACCUGAUCCGUUACAGAACCGUGGCGCCUCUGGUGGCUUCAGGAGCCGUGCAGCUCAUCUGAGGGGAGAGGCUUUUCCAGGUGUGCAGCGGGCGGGCUGUCGCGCCCCCAGCCAUGCCCGUGGAUCUGGCCGUGCGGCUCUGCCUGAGCCACUCGCCCCCCAUCCGCAAGCUGCUGAACUCCUACGAGGAGCUGCGGAGCAACCGAGGCCGUAAACCCCUCCGAUCCUGUCUCAACCAGAAGCUGAGCGCAGAACCUGAGCCAGAGCGGCGAGACAGUAGCAAGAGCUGCAAGGGCCAGAAGAAGAAGCGGGUCGUGUUUGCUGAUAUGAAGGGGCUUUCACUGACAGCUGUCCACUUCUUCUCAAAGAUUGAGGAGGACCUCUGUGAUUUGCAGCAUGCCCUGUCAGACCUUGCCUCUUUCCAACCUAGGCUGUGGGACUUGCGCCCAGAAGUGUGCAGGUAUGUGCUGGACUUCCCACAGCCAUCUGCAAACUACGUGGCUUUCCGCAACAGCCUGUACAGCAACUUUGUCUGCCUGGAGAGCUGUCUGAUCCAGGACCGUGCUCUGUCAGGGACAGUGAAGGUUAGAAACAUCGAGUAUGAGAAGAAAGUGAUGGUCCGCAUCACCUUUGAUGGCUGGAAGAGCUUCCGGGACAUCUCUUGCCAGUACAUGCACAGCACCUAUGGCUCAGCUGACACAGACAUCUUCUCUUUUGAGUUUACCCUGCCCAAGCCGUCCAUUUCCCAUAGGGGCACAGAAUUCUGCAUCUCCUUCCAGUGUGGACAAAAGACCCACUGGGACAACAACCACGGGAAGAACUACAAGAUCCGCCAUGUGGGCAUGAUCCGCCCUGCCUCUCAUGCUGUCAAGAGUGCCAGCAGGGCUUGGGAGCAUCUUGGCACCUCUGGGGCUGCUGCUCUAGUCCUUUCGCAGCUGCAGACCUGGCGGCAUUCAGAGACCCAAGCUCCUUAUUGGUAGGAAGGCAGCGUGGGGAGAGAUGUAGGUGCCCUCCCUGUCCCAACUGGUAAAAGGGCUGCUCACGGUUUUGUUAGCUCCUUCAUGGUCUGCUGCUCUGUGCAGCUGCCAGUCUCUGCAGAAGCUUCUUCACAUCUUGCUGCUGCUACAGAGGCUGGAAGCUGCUGCUUCAAGUAACUCCUACGUGUAGGUUCUCAGGGCAACAGGAGAGUAGGGGAGUGACAAGGGAGCGGUUGUGGGCUGGGCCCGCGGCCCUGUCUGAGCCACCCCGGGGCCGAUGCUGCCCAAGUGCCUUGUGAGGAGGGAGCACGGUCCUGGCGCUGCCGGUCCUCCCGCUGCAGGCGCUCUCCAAGCCGCGGUCCCGAGAAGGACUCAGGUGCUGGGCCGGGAGCGCGGGGUGCCUCCGCUCGUUGGUGCUGUAACGGGGAGUUAAUAAAGUGACGGCGCUUGGCGA